AUGGCCCUGGGAAAGCUUGUUCACAUUGGCGUUGACCUUGUCCUGUUCUCGACCGCGCUGGCUGGCAUCCGGCGAUCCACCGGCUUCAAGGUGAAGACCGAGGGCAUUACCGACAGCGAGGAUAUGCGCGGGUAUAUCCAGAAGUAUCUGAACCUGGGCGAGAAGACCCUGGACGUGGCCGCUGUUCAAAUGAGCUCGUGGCCAAAGUACUUUACGCGCGAGCACUAG